GGAAGCUGCUGCUGCUGCCGCUUGGGGCGAAGCGACGCGACGCAGUGCGCACGCGUGGAACAUUCGAUCGCUGGCGGAGUAGCUAGCUGCUAGGCUACGAUUCCUGCCACCAUGGAGAGGAAAGUUCUGGCACUCCAGGCAAGGAAGAAGAGGGCCAAGGCAAAGAAGACCAACAAAAAACAGCCACCAAAUGUUCGAGCUCGACAACCACCGCAACAAGAAACCUCGCCUCAGGAGCCCGAGGAACCUGAGGAGAUUCUGGGCUCGGAUGAUGAGGAGCAGGAGGACCCCAAUGACUACUGCAAAGGUGGCUACCAUCACGUAAAGGUCGGAGACCUUUAUAACGGCAAAUAUCACGUAAUCCGUAAACUAGGAUGGGGUCAUUUUUCCACCGUGUGGCUCGCCUGGGACACCCAGGUUAAAAGGUUUGUUGCGAUGAAAGUGGUGAAAAGCGCAGAGCAUUACACCGAGACGGCGGUGGACGAGAUCAAACUCCUUAAAUCUGUGAGAAACUCAGACCCGGAUGAUCCAAAGCGCGAGAUGGUGGUCCAGCUGCUAGACGACUUCAAGAUCUCUGGUGUCAACGGCACUCAUGUCUGCAUGGUAUUUGAGGUGUUGGGACAUCACUUGUUGAAGUGGAUUAUAAAAUCAAAUUACCAAGGGCUGCCCCUGGCUUGUGUGAAGAGCAUCAUUAGACAGGUUCUUCAAGGUCUGGACUACCUGCACACAAAGUGUCAGAUUAUCCACACGGAUAUAAAACCAGAGAACAUCCUGAUGAGCGUCGAUGAGCCCUAUGUCCGAAAGCUUGCAGCUGAAGCUACAGAGUGGCAGCGGGCCGGGGCGCCUCCUCCCUCCGGCUCAGCAAUAAGCACAGCGCCAGCCCCAAAACAGACUGUGAAAAUGUCCAAGAACAAAAAGAAGAAGUUAAAAAAGAAACAGAAGCGUCAGGCUGAGCUGCUGGAAAAGUGCAUAAUGGACCUGGAGAAGAUGGAGAAGACCACAGAGACGCGGGAGGAGGAGGACGACGACGAAGAUAAGGACCCACAGUCUCCCAAGGGACGAGCCUGUGCGCCUCUCAGGCACAUGUCCCUUCAGGAGUUCAUAAACGAUGACUCAGCAGAGUGGAGCGCGACUCCAGAUAACAGAGUGGGACCAGACGAGCUGUCGGAGGCCAACUGUAAUGGCCAUGCAGACGCGGAGGAGAGGCAGUCCAGCUGUACAAAUGAAGACCAACACAAUGGGAACGGAGAGCCGCCAGAGGAGCAGCAUCAAGAGUCCCCAGUCCACCCACUGUGCAACGGCGUGGAGUCUACAGAUUUCAACGAGCUGUACUGUGAGCUGGACGGCAGAGGGGCUCGCAGCAGCGGAGUGACUGAGAGGGGCCUUCCUGCAGGGCUGGAGGAGGGGGAACUCGAACAAAGCAUUUUACAAGAGGAGGAUGAGGAGGACGAGGAGUGCCGGUACAGAAUCCAGGAAGGCCUGAGAAACGACAAGUUAACAGCAGGAUCCCUGUUGGUUAACCCUCUUGAGCCAGGUAAUGCAGAGAGGAUCAAGGUCAAGAUUGCAGACCUGGGAAAUGCUUGCUGGGUGCAUAAGCACUUUACAGAAGACAUCCAGACACGACAGUACCGGUCUUUAGAGGUGCUCAUUGGUGCAGGAUAUAGUACACCAGCCGACAUAUGGAGCACAGCCUGCAUGGCCUUUGAGCUCGCCACUGGCGACUAUCUGUUUGAACCUCAUUCUGGUGAAGAUUAUUCCAGGGAUGAAGACCAUAUAGCGCUGAUCAUUGAGCUGCUGGGGACUGUCCCACGCAAACUCAUAAUGACUGGCAAAUAUUCCAAGGAUUUUUUCACCAAGAAAGGUGAUUUAAAACACAUCACCAAGUUGAAGCCGUGGGGCCUGCUGGAGGUGUUGGUGGAGAAAUAUGAGUGGCCCCACGAGGAAGCAGAGUGCUUCUCUGACUUCCUUCUUCCCAUGCUGGAGCUGGUCCCAGAGAAAAGAGCCACGGCUGCAGAGUGCUUGCGCCACCCCUGGCUCGCCCUCUAGUGGACAUGUCCAGGCGUUGCACCUCCCUUCCCUCCCACUUCCUUAAGAGACUGCAACAGAUCACUUUCCACUUUGGGCAUAUCAGAUUUAAUAUUUAUUUCUCUUUUUUUUGUUUAAUUGUUUUGGAUUUCUUGUGCUCUUGUUGAGCUGUUGCUUCUGUGUACAUUUGCUUUGUAUUUUUCUUUUUCCGUUCUCCCUUUCGGUGUUGCGUCAGGAAUCCAGUGAGUUUAUUAUUUGAUGUUCUCUGUUUCACCCACCAAUCCAGAAGCAAAACUCAUUGUUCUGCUAGCGAAUCAUCCUUGUUUGUUUUCACUCCUGCACUAAAACUCAAACUAAGGAUAUGUAGCCUUUCGUUUCUUUUUCCUUUAAAAAGGACUUCUUAUACGUUCUCAUCCAUUUUCAUUAGUGCUGUGUUUUUUUUUUUCUAUUGUUUUAUCUUAUAUCUCGCAUGUAGGGGUAUACAGCUUGUAUUUGUAAAGUAGGUUGAGGAAGUUGCACACUGGGCUGACAUUUACACUGACUGUGGUAACAUUCAUUUAAUUUCUAAGGUUCUCUAAAGUCUUUCUGACACUGUCCUUAAGUAGGUCAUAUUUAGCCAUAAUAAAUCUAAUGUCACCUGGGAUUUGGAAGGUAGCUCAUAAAAAAUGAGUUUGUUUGUACUCAUGGGAGGCUGGUAUUCUCAUACACAUUACAAUUCAGGUUUUGUGGGAUCAGAGGUUUCAGUUCUAACAAAAGCCCAAUUUAAAGGAGGCGGGGGAAAAAUAAAAAAAGAAAAUAAACUGUAUAUAUCUGUACCAAAGAGUUUGCCUUUAUGUAUAUUACAGUUAUGUACAGUUUUUAACAAAUCUUAUAUCUUAGCUAAAAGGAUUUAGCUGGGUAGCUGUGUUUUAUUGAAGCGUAUGGAAGACGUGUUUGAGCUCAGUUGUAUGUAUGGCCAACUGUUGCGUAAUGUACCCUGUUUUUAACUAUAGAGUCGGUGAGAUCUGAUGUUAUGUGACGGUGUAGCGAACCAAUCAUAUCAAACUAAGCUAUGUUAUCUGCUGAUACCUAAAGGUAAAAACGUACAAUUUACAUUAGCGUCACAUUCAAGAACAUAGACUUUGUGUGAGUUGUGAACGACAAAUCUGUACAACACACCAUUCAAUAAAAACAGAUCUUCUGAAAGUACAGAAUGACUGUGUACAAGUGUUUAUUUGGUGACAGAAUAAAGAAAAUGACAGCUUAACAACACUAAAUGACUUUGAAGAGAAAAAGAACUGUUGGAUUUUUCUCCAUGAAACUGGGAUCUUCAUUCUUCUGUCCUGAAUAUCCAUGUGUUCAUGAGUUGUCUGUAAAAGAAAAAGUGCUAUUAAAAAAACAACCUUUAAUGACUUUUUACCAGCUCUGAUAAAGGUAAGAAUAGUAAUAAAAUGCAUUUUUUGUCGUAUAUGAAGGAGAAAGAUGAAUUGUGAACUGGCUAAUUGUUUUUAACAUUAAUAAUUUUCAACAUGUUAAAACUGAGAAACUAAGCAAUUUCUUUGAAGGCAAAAAAAGGAAUAUUUAGCCGUUUUGGUCAUUACUUCCUAAGAUUUCUUUCACUCAAGCAGUUCAGUGUCCUUUUGUCACAAUUCUUUUCAGGACUUUCCAAUAAAUGUAUAAUGUUAAACUUG